UUUUCUUAUUGGAAAUAGUAGUGUUAAACUAAAAAUAAAAAGUAAAAACCAAUUUGUAAGUGUGAACUUAACUAAGUACAGUAGAAGUGGUUUUGAGUGGAGACAGCAAUCCCGAGGCGAAGGGUCCUCUUCUUGCUUCCUUCUUAUUCACACCCCAACCCCCAAACUCUUCAUUGCCUAAUCUCCUCUCUUUCUUCUCUCUCUCUAGAUUUUGUUCAUGUAUGAAUUUGUCUUAAAAUUCUGACUCUCCCCAACAAAACAAAACAAAACACAAUAUGGGUCUCACUUCUCUUCAAGUUUGCAUGGAUUCUGACUGGCUCCAGGAAGCUGAGUCAUCAGGAGGAAGCAUGUUAGACUCUACAUCGACUUCUCCAUCAGCAGCCGACAUACUAGCUGCUUGCAGCACUAGACCACAAGCCUCGGCCAUGGCUGUAGCCGCGGCUGCUCUGAUGGACGGUGGAAGGAGGCUGCGUCCACCUCACGACCAUCCUCAGAAGUGUCCUCGUUGCGAGUCAACACAUACUAAGUUCUGUUACUACAAUAACUAUAGUCUCUCUCAGCCUCGUUACUUCUGCAAGACUUGUCGCCGUUACUGGACCAAAGGCGGCACUCUAAGGAAUAUUCCGGUCGGUGGUGGCUGCCGGAAAAACAAGAAACCCUCUUCCUCUAAUUCUUCAUCCUCCACGUCUUCCGGAAAAAAGCCAUCCAACGUUGUUACCACUAAUACCAGUGACCUUAUGGCUUUAGCACAUUCUCAUCAGAACUACCAAAAUGACUCUCUAGGGUUUUCACAUUUUGGUGCGAAUGGGAUGAUGGGGUCUUCCACAGCUCUCGGCCAUAGUAAUGUUGGUCUCUUGGAGAGCAAGUAUGGCGGUUUGCUUUCACCGAUCCCUAGACCUAUUGAUUUUUUGGACAGUAAGUUUGAUCUCAUGGGAGUGAACAAUGACAAUCUAGUCAUGGUUGAUCCUGGAAGUAACGGUGAUCAUCAUCAACAUCACAUGGGUCUAAAUCACGGAUUAGGUCUUAACAACAACAACAACAACAACAACAAUGAUGGGUUUCACGGGUUUUGUCCGGCAAGCAACGGAAAUGGUGGUGGUGAUCUCAUGGAUAUCUCUACAUCCCAAAGACUUAUGCUAUCUAAUUAUGACCAUCAUCAUUAUAAUCAUCAUGAAGAUAAUCAAAGGGUAACAUCAAUAAUGGAUGUGAAGCCAAGUCCAAAGCUGUUAUCGCUUGAUUGGCAACAAAGUCAAGGCAACUCCAAUGGUAGCGGAGGAAAAUCUGACGGUGGUGGAUACGUAGGUGGCGGUUAUAUUAACGGCUUAGGUUCGUCGUGGAAUGGUUUGAUGAGUGGCUAUGGUUCGUCCACUAAAACAAACUACUUGAUUUAAUAAACUAGUAUCAAAACCUUUUUUCUUGUCGUUAUCAAAGUAGAGAAGGGGUUGGUUUGAUUAGUAAUUUUCAGAUAUAUUUUUCGUUUUGUGUGUGGUAUUGUGAUGCCUUCUUUUCUGUUUACUAUUUUAUCCCUGAUGCUAUUUUCUGUAUUUUCUGUUUGUUAAUCAAAUCAGGAUCUUCAUCCCAUAAUUAAUCAA